UGGCUGUCUCCGCGCGCCCGCCGCGAGGCAUGACGGGCACUGUAGUCCGCCUGCGCGGGACCGGGAGCGCGGCGGUCCGCGGACCCGGGAACCUACGGCGGGGCGCGGGGCUGCGUGCGUGGAGCCGGGCGCCUGGAGCCGGGCGCGGGCCAGGGCCAGCAUUAAUGACAGAUUUCAAGUGAGAUCCUGGACUUUUGGCCCCGUCCUAUGUGGCAGCUGGACAGGACUGAAUCCACCCCUGGCCUGUGACCUCUGUCCCAGCCCUGCUCUCAGAGCUGCCAGGAGUCUGUGGACCUCCCUACCCCUGUGUAUGUGUUUCCGGGCUGCCUGACCAUCCCAGGAGUAGCUCCUUGCCUAUUGACUUUGGAGAGUAAACGUGCAGGUGGUGUCACCUCUGUCCUCUCCAGGGUCCCGUGAGGGCCUGGGCAGCAUGGUGCCCUCUGAUCAGGCUGUGGAGAAGCAGGCAUCGGAAGAGCCUGUACUGGGCCACAAGCUCCAGUCAUGGCAGUGUCUGGUGUCCUACCUCUGCUUCUACGGCUUCAUGGCACAGAUGCGGCCUGGGGAGAGUUUCAUCACACCCUACCUCUUGGGGCCCGACAAGAACUUCACCAAUGAGCAGCUUACCAAUGAGAUCACACCUGUGCUGUCUUACUCCUACCUGGCCGUGCUGGUGCCCAUCUUCCUGCUGACCGACUACCUGCGCUACAAGCCGGUGCUGCUGCUGCAGGGCCUGAGCUUCGUGUGCGUGUGGGUGCUGCUGCUGGUGGGCCACACCGUGCUGCACAUGCAGCUCAUGGAGGUCUUCUACAGCGUCACCAUGGCCGCCCGCAUCGCCUACUCCUCCUACAUCUUCUCCCUCGUGCACCCAGCCCUCUACCAGCGCAUGGCCAGCUACUCCCGGGCCUCCGUGCUGCUGGGUGUCUUCACCAGCUCCGUGCUGGGCCAGCUGCUGGUCACGGUGGGCGACGUGCACUUCCCCACGCUCAACCACAUCUCCCUGGCCUUCCUCACCUUCAGCCUGGGCCUCACCGUUUUCCUGAAGCGCCCGAAGCGCAGCCUCUUCUUCAACCGCAGCGCCCUGGCGCACAGCGCCGCCCCCUGCGAGCUGGACAGGAUGCACCCGCGCCCCUGCCCGCGGGCUGGGAGGCUGGGGCGGGCGCUGGGCGCCUGCAGGGACUCCUUCCUGGUGCGCAUGCUCUGCGAGCUGGGGCACAGUGUGCGGCGGCCGCAGCUGCGCCUCUGGUGCCUCUGGUGGAUCUUCAACUCGGCCGGCUACUACCUGGUGAUCUACUACGUGCACAUCCUGUGGAACGUGGUGUGCCCCGCCACCGACAGUGCCAAGGUCUACAAUGGCGCCGCUGACGCCGCCUCCACGCUGCUGAGUGCUGUCUUGUCCUUCUCCGCUGGCUUCGUGAAGAUCCGCUGGGCCCUGUGGUCGAAGCUGGUCAUUGCGGGCAUCACAGCUGUGCAGGCCGGGCUCGUCUACUUCCUGUCGGUCACCGACAACAUCUGGCUCUGCUAUGUGGCCUUUGUGCUCUUCCGCGGUGCCUACCAAUUCCUCGUGCCCAUUGCCACCUUUCAGAUUGCGUCUUCCCUCUCCAAAGAGCUCUGUGCCUUAGUUUUUGGGAUCAACUCAUUCCUCGCCACUGUUCUCAAAACCUCCAUCACGCUCGUGGUUGCCGACAAGCGGGGCCUGGGCCUCACGGUCAGAUCGCAGUUCUUCAUCUACUUCAUGUACUUCGUGGUGCUGUCGGUCGUCUACCUGGCAGGGGGAGUGCUGGACGGCCUGCAGAUGUGCCAGUGGGGUCCCUGCCCGCAGCGCUGGCAGCAAGGCCAGGGGGGCCGUCACCUGCCGCUGCCCCAGGCCCAGGAGCUGAGGAGCCCCUUGGAGGAGAAGACUCCCACUGCCCUGAGCUUGCAGGAGGGGAGCCAGGGCGGCCUGCAGCCCCCAGCCGCGUCGCCGCCCCCGGAGGACAGCCCGAAAGACAGCUUGGGGGCUCGCGCGCACGAGGCCAAGGCCUGACCUGGCAGCCCUGCCUCUCCUGGCCCGGCCGGGGGGCAGAUGCAUGACCCGGGGCAGUGGGUCUGGGGGCACUCGCUCCAUCCUCACCGCCUGGGCUGACUGCUGGCGUGGUGUCCCCGUCUGGAUGCCGGAGCUCAGGGUGGGGACUCUCCCCGGGUCCCUCUGGUGCUUUGCAGGGGUCUGAGGUGGCCCGCACCUUGGCCCCACCUCCCUCACACUCCAGCAACGGCCAGAGCCUGCCGGCGACAUUCAAAGCAGCUGCCUGGCCAGGCGGCCUAGGCACCAGCCACCGAGGACUGGGGUUGCCUGAGGCUUGCUAAGAGCAGCCCGUGUGAGCUCUCUGUCCAUCAGGCCUCCCCGCCCUCAGCCUCUGAGAGAGGGCUGGCGAGGUGGUGCAGACCCCCGCCGGGGCCUGCUUGCCAGGGCCCUGGGCCCUCCGGAGUGGGGGUGGGAGUGUGUCUCAGGCCCCUAGCUAAACUGUGACACUUGUAGCUGCCCAGGUUGGCGGCAUACUUGGACGGUCUUUUUAAAAACUGACAUACAAUGAA